AAACAGCCGAGGCUAAGAGUGUAAGCUGUGGCUCGAUACAAAGGCUUUCUCUGCCGGAGAAAAUGCCGGGAGGCCCGCCCGUGUCUUUGAAUUCGCCGACGCGCCACGGUUUAUCCCUCCAGUGUGUCACACCGUCUCGUCCGACAAAAAAGCACCUUAAUACUUCAUAUAAAAAGCGUUAGUUGACAUUAUACUUAUGUUCGGCGGCGUUACCGAGCGAAUACCGUGUAUUUUGACAACCAUGGCCGGUAUCAAGAAACAUGGUUGCUCUGCGGAGUCUCCUGACGCUGCACGCCGGGCAUCGGUGUAGUCCAUGCCGCUAGCGAGUUACGGGGACAGCCGGGGUUGCUCAGUCACAACUAGGAAAACGUCCGUAUGGGAGAAUUAAUGCAACCAAUACGUUUUCUUUAUGCAGUACGGUGAAUGCUAGCCGCUAACGUUACACUUUGGACAAAACUUUCUCUGUACACAUCAUAUGUCAAAGUUGGUAGUAUACGACGUCACGCUACGUUUUAGCUCCGUUUGUGAGCUUGGCGGCGUUUUAGCGUCUCGCUUUUGAUGACCCAUCCUGGUUUCGUCCAGACUUAUCCUCCAGAUUGAGCAGAUUGAACAAUGUGAUUGUCGACGGCUGCGCUCCAGUGGUCGAGGACCUCCAUACUACUUCAGUAGAAUGUACUUGAUGAACGUACCUCCUGUGGCAGCAACCCAAACAGAAUGGAGAACAUGUAGCCCAGCUGGAGGCUAUAGCCUUCAGUGCUUCAAUGACUCUGACACCGACUUGUCCACCAGAGGCACACCUAUCUCAGAUAAGGUCCAGAUGAUCAUAGAGAGCCUAAGGAGCACCCAGUCCUCACUUGAGAUGGGCGAUGAGAUCGAGAGAAAUGUGCUAUCAGGACAGGAUGGUCAUUCCCAAGUCUGCAAGGUUGCAGUGGGCUCUUACAUGGGAGUCAAGUCUAAAACUAAAGAUCCCACUGAAAAUCAGCAGGCAGAUGUUUCCUCUAUGGUCAACCAUGAGAGCAGUGACUCCGACAGUGAUGAUUCUGUGGACAGAGGAAUUGAGGAGGCAAUACUGGAAUACCUGAAGGAAAAAGACGAUCCUAAACGCAAGGCAGAGCCAGGCUCCACUCCUCUUCAGCCAGCCAAAAUUCCCAGAAAAAACCCAUCUAUUCCUGAGGUUUCCAAACAGAGCUCUGACAGCAGUACAUUUCUGAUUUCAAGUCAACGGUUUCUAAAGAGUGUGAAAGCCGAGACCCUCACAGCACCAACUGUUAUACCUGUAAAAAAGUAUAUCAAAAACAAGGCCUCCCUUAACAACAAUAUGGUUAAGAAUUUGGAUUCAAAUAAAAGUACAACAAACAAAAGUUUGCCCAAAAUCCACACAAAGAGCACAUCUGCUGCAAUCAGCCUUUUCAACAAAGUAAAGUGCCCCGUCCAAGUUAAGAUGGAAGAAGAUUCAAAUGAUUCCAGUAGUGAUGACGGCAUCGAGGAGGCCAUCCAAAAAUACCAACUGGAGAAGAAGGAGCAGCAGAGCAGAAGGGAAGUUUUCAGUCCACAUGCAGUCAAAGAGGAGUCGGAUUCCAGUAGUGAUGAUGGGAUUGAAGAAGCUAUUCGCUGCUACCAGCUUGAGCAACUCAAGGAGCAGAGUGCCCUGAAGCCAUUCUUACAAAAACAAAACCGCUUUAGUAAGUCAGUAAUACACACUGGAAGUACUAGCACGGGUAACGUGAAGCAACACAAACUGAAAAAGAAAAAGAUGAAAACAGAGAAAGAGGUGAGAUCUGUUCUUCCUUCAUCUGUUUUCAUACCCAUAGAUACACUUUCAGACAGCCAGAAAGAUAAAGGAAAUGGACUACUGUCAUUUAAAGUAGACAGUUUUAAGGAGCAGCCUACCCCUGCCCCACCAAAGGUUAACACAACUGCAGAGCUUAUGUGUGCUGAGGCCAUAUUAGACAUUUCGAAAACUGUUAUGCCUGGGGCCUUCCAUCACAGUGUUGACCUCAGCAGUUGUGUCCCCACCGAAUCUUCCUUGCAGCCGUCACUUCCUGUUAACUGCCCGGGCAGGAAAAGUGAUGACAGUUCCAUUGAUAGUGAAGAUGGGAUUGAGCAAGAAAUCAGGAAAUUUCUUGAGCAGAAGGCCCAAAUGCACAAGCAGCUACCCAGCUGUGUUGUGAUUCAAGAGCCUCAAAGUAUAAAUGAACCGGAGAAAGUGAAAGCAAAACAAGUUGUGCCCCAAAAGAAACCUCACAGAUUGUCACUGACACAGAGAAGAAAGCACAAAGAGGAAAACGCAUCGGGGGCGGUUAAGGUUAACAGUGUUAAAGAAACAGCCUCGGUGUCUGUACCUGAGCAUAGAAAAGAUUCCAGCUCUUUGGUAUAUUCCCAGAGAAGUCCAACACAUCCAAUAACUAGACUACACAGGACAGAACAAAGUGGAGACAAAAGCAGCUCACUAGACAGUGACGAGGACCUAGACACUGCUAUCAAAGACCUGCUCAAGACAAAAAAGAAGUCAAAGAAAAAGACAAAAGACUUAAAGCGAAAAUCAAGGAAAUGUCUCAAGGAUGAAGAACAAAAUGAUUUACAGACCAAAAAGUUAAAACCUGAUCCUAUUUCCAGACACAGUGCUUUGAAAAAAGUAAACAAGAGUAAGAAUGACAUGAAAGACAAGUCUGGGUUGAAUAAAAAGAACAUUUCCCAACAUAAACAGACUGAUGGAAGUAAAAUGCAUGGUGUGCGAGGAGACGAAACAGACGUGAGAGAGACUGAAGGUCGAGAAACCCUGCCCCUCUACAGUACAAAGGAAGAUAGCAGUUCAGUAGACAGUGAUGAUAGUAUUGAGCAGGAGAUCAGAAAGUUUCUGGCUGAGAAGGCCAAAGUUUCCACCGCCGAGAAAGGUAAAGAUGAAGAAGCAUCAAGGAAUGGUACUGUUGUGGUGUGUACCUCGUUUCAAGAUGAAGACGAUAAACAGGAAAAUCAGCUGGCUGAAAUUCCUAGAAAAUCUAUCCCCUCCUUUCUUGUUGAACAGUCUCCCCUGAGUAGUCCGCCUCAAGAUAGACAGCCGCCUCCAGCGUCACAGAGUUUGCCUGCAGACAUCUCUGCUGUUGGUGCACAAUCACGUCUGCCCUCGGUCCAGUCCUGCAGCCCCAGUCAGUUGGAGCCAGCCGAUGGGGCGGGUGCUGCUAGAACCGAGCAGAGAAGGCCCAGUACUGGGAGAGGUGAUGUUCAGGAUGGUACCUCACAGAUGGAGAAGGUUCAGCCAGCUUUGAGUCCUAACGCAGCUCAUUCUCACUCGGAGUCAAUCAAGUGGCGCCGAAGCCUGGGACUCCCCACUACUGACACAAGGACUUUCAGUCGAACUCCAUUCCAGAUCACCUCAUCUAAAAUAAGCGAGACUGUUUCCCCGUGUCCACAGCAUCAAAGUGGAAGCAUCAACCUCAGAUCACAGACUUCAGCCACUGUUUGGUCAUCCAGCAGAGCAGCUUUCCUCUGCUCUACAGCUGUAAAUGCCACAUUCAGGUCUCCUGUUUUGAAUUUGUCUACUACCAGGCAGCAUCCAAGGGUGUCUUUUACACGGAGCCUGCUGCCUGGCCACAGUUCACCGUGCUCCAUAGAAGGAGAGACAGCGAGUAUGGUGCAUAUGUCUAAGGACAAGAGUGUGUUUGUUGAGUUGGAAUCUAACAGGACCAACCAUGUCCAGGUUCGAAGCAGGGACAGGAGUGAAGGAAAGGAGAGAAUCGAAUUACUAAGUGAAGGCGAGAGCUUGAAGACAGAUGAAAAAGUACAUCUAAAAACAACAGAGGCUGAAUUUGUAGAUGAGGCAGAUUGUGAGUCAGGCAACAGGAGAAAUCCAGACAAGACGCAGGGCUUUUCCACAUUGUCUCUGUCCAGUGCCAUUGACCCUGGGGUUAUUAUCAGACCUUGCAUAGCUCUAACCACAGAGGAGAGAAGCACGAUGUUCAACAGGAGAUAUCUAACUGAACAAUACCAGAAGGGGGAAGCUCAACUCAGAAGUGUUCAUGUGCAGCAUGUGAAAAGAAAACUCCAGUUUGUUCCAGUCACCAGGAGAAAUGAAUACUCAGGCAGCACAGCGUGUUGGAAUAAAACCUCGUUCUACAUUUGAAAGAUGCAUGUAGACAUUUGAUUUCACAGCCGGUUGGAUGUUGAGUAAUUGUUUUACACGUUAUUGAGAAUUCUGUUAGCUUUGUCUUGGACCAGAUAGAACACUGUUUCAUCGUUUUUUUUUUUUUCCUUCAUUUUUGUAGGAAACAUCUGUAUUAAACGUGAUCUGUAUCUGGAGUUAUUUCCUUAUAUUAACACUGGUUCAUUGUUAUACUUUUAUUGUUGCAGUACAGUACAGGGUGGUACUGUUAAUGGUGUUACAUUU